UCACUGAUGCCCUGGAAGAGGGAGCUGGCGGAACUCGCCUCUGAGGAGCAGACCCAUGGACUGCAUCAUCCAGAAGGCCGAAACCCUGGACAGGGCUCAUGUGAUGCAGGUCGUCUGGGACGAUGGAGGAGAGUCCCUGUACCCGGCCGUGUGGCUCAGGGACAACUGCCAGUGCUCUGACUGCUACCUGGAUUCCGCGAAAGCCCGGAAGCUUCUCCUGGAAGCCCUUGAUGUGAACAUCAAUAUUAAAGGCUUGACGUUUGACAGGAAAAAGGUGUACAUAACGUGGCCGCACGAGCACUACAGCGAAUUCGAGGCUGACUGGCUGAAGAAGAGAUGCUUUUCCCGACAGGCCAGAGCCAAGCUGCAAGGAGAGCUGUUUUUGCCAGAAUGUCAGUACUGGGGCUCGGAGCUCCAGCUACCAACUCUGGAUUUUGGAGAUGUUUUAAAAAAUGAUGAAGAUGCGUACACGUGGCUCUCCACCCUCAAGAAAGUAGGCAUCGUCCGACUCACCGGAGCAGCUGACAAACAAGGAGAAAUUAAGAAACUUGGGAAAAGGAUUGGUUUCCUCUAUCUCACCUUUUAUGGACAUACUUGGCAAGUGCAAGACAAAAUCAAUGCCAACAAUGUGGCUUACACAACCGGGAAGCUGAGCUUUCACACUGACUACCCGGCUUUCCACCAUCCACCUGGGGUUCAGCUUCUGCACUGCAUUAAGCAAACGGUCACUGGGGGUGAGUCGGAGAUCGUAGACGGGUUUAACGUGUGCCAGAAGCUCAAGGAAAAAAAUCCCCGGGCUUUCCAGAUUUUGUCAUCCACCUUUGUGGACUUCACGGACAUUGGCGAGGAUUACUGCGAUUUCUCUGUGCAGUCCAAACACAAAAUUAUAGAGCUGGAUGACAAAGGCCAGGUGGUUCGCAUCAACUUCAACAACGCGACUCGGGACACGAUCUUCGACGUCCCCGUGGAGCGCGUUCAGCCUUUCUAUGCCUCUCUGAGGGAGUUUGUCGACCUCAUGAACAGCAGAGAGUUCAAGUUCACCUUCAAGAUGAACCCAGGCGACGUGAUCACCUUUGACAACUGGCGCUUGCUGCAUGGCCGGCGGGGCUACGAGGCAGGCAAGGAGAUCACCCGCCACCUGGAGGGCGCCUACGCCGACUGGGACGUGAUCCUGUCCCGGCUGCGCAUCCUGAGGCAGAGCCUGAAGGACCCGCGCUGAAGCUCGGCCAGGUCCGGCGGGAGGGGCGGGCACGGGCCCUCACCGUCCCGGCUGCGUCCUCCCGCGCCGCCGCCCCCGUACACUUAACAGCCACACGCCUCGCGGGCGUAGCGCCUCCCUGCAGCCAGGCUCAGGGCCCCUUUGCGCAGGUGGCCUUGCGCUGUCUUCUCCAAUAAAGCCCUUGCUUCCCUGC